AUGAGCCAUGUGGAUUUACGUCGAGCGUUGAUUUUCCCAGAACAAUCUACUACUGACGACGGGCACGUCAAUAUAGAGCGGCAUCAGGGCUGUCCCGAAGCAGUUAGGCACGCAAAGCAAUCAUCAUCAGGCACACAGAAUUCCACACCUCCUUCAUUGCCUUGCAUACUUCGACUUGAGGGUGGCUUGGUUUCGUUGAAACCGCUUAUCAACCUAUACACAUCGCUCUGUUUGCACAUGCGCCUGGCAGAAGAACUUGAUGGCAAAACCAUUAAUGGUGGCCUCACAGGCUUUCGGCAAAAGAAGGUGGUGGAAGAACUCAACAUGGAGGAGACAAAACGAUAUGGCUCUCGCUUCUACAAUACACCAAACCCGAUUGAAAAUUACGAACUCAUGCCGGUGUUCCCGCUUAACCAUGCAUUGUCAGAACACCGCAUAUCAAAAUGCACAUCUGCCACUCUUGAGCGAAACCGUGAUGAGGAUAUCAAGAAUCGCGCUCAGAAACUAUUGGAGGAAUUCCUUGCUGUGCCGAUCUCCGACACCCGGAAUCACCAAACUAUGCACCCACCAGAGGAUCGAAAGGAUGAUCUUAAUAUAAGACCUACCAAAUACCGCAAAACAGUUGGAGAAAAAAGACUACCUGCUUACGCCUACCAGUAUUCUCCCGCCGAGCCGAAUUCUGUCAACUAUGCCGACCUGGCCGCCCUUCGUGAUGAGGACACGGAAGAACCAAAACCUUUGUCAGAGGAACUUGGAGUCUUUAAGGUCAACUCUCGCCCUAUCACCUCCUACCAGGCGUUGGUGGAGGGCCUGCCGAAACUCCAAAAGGGCAUAUACCAUACGAAAAGUAGUGCCCCGCAUCCAGUGUCCUUCACUGGAAAUCUUGCUCCAUGGCUAGAUUUUGACCGUGAUGUUCGACUCGCGUUUACGACUCAUACCGGGGCGUUAAGACGCAGCCAUAUAUCCCUUCAGCCUCGCGGCGAGGCAUCGCGCGCCAGUACAAUGGCUAACAAAAGACAAGGCUAG